UCUGAGUCCUACUGACAGAGCUCUGGCUGAAUGGCUUAGAGAGCAGCCAAUCGCAGAGGCUUGGGAUGCUUGCUUAAAAGAGCUGGCACUGAGAGAGGCUGAGGAGAACCCACUGGGAGACCCGCAGACACAUAGACACAAGACAGACAGAGGAGGAAAGAGACAGAGACAAAGGCUCAGUGGAAGAAGGCAGAGACAGGACAGGCACAGAAGGAGCCAAGACAGAGUUGUACAGAGGGAGAGGCAGAGAAGCUGCGGAAGAUACAGACAGAGACAAAGAUCCAGGAAAGGAGGGCACAGGAGGAGAGUUUGGAGGAGCCAGACCCUUGGGCACCUCUCCUAAGCCUGAGGGCAAAGUUUUUUCCAUCUCCUCUGAAGGUCCCCAGCCCCUCUGAAAACUCUGCCUCUGACCUUGGCAUGAGUCCGAGCCCCCAGGCUACAGAGAGGAACUUUCCAAAGCUAGGGUGUGUGGAGGACUUGGUGCCCCAGAUGGCCUCAGUCCCUUCCAGCUGUAGCUCCAGUGCCAUGUCCCAGACAGGCUUGCAUCGCAGGAGGGGCUUGGCGGGGCGCUGGCUGUGGGGAGUCCAGCCCCGCCUGCUGCUCCCCAUUGUGCCCCUCUCCAGGCUGGUUCGACUGCUCCUGCUGCUGCUGGCCUCCCUCCUGCCCUCAGCCUGGCCGGCCAGCCCCCUCCCCCGGGAGGAGGAGAUCGUGUUUCCAGAGAAGCUUAACAGCAGCGUCUUGCCUGGCUCAGGCGCCCCUGCCAGGCUGUUGUACCGCUUGCCGGCCUUUGGGGAGACUCUGCUACUAGAGUUGGAGCAGGACUCCGGAGUGCAGGUGGAGGGGCUGACAGUGCAGUACCUGGGCUGGGCGCCUGAGCUGCUGGGUGGGGCAGAGCCAGGCACCUACCUGACUGGCACCAUCAAUGGAGAUCCGGAGUCGGUGGCAUCUCUGCACUGGGACGGGGGAGCCCUGUUAGGGGUGUUGCAGUAUCGAGGGGCCGAACUCCACCUCCAGCCCCUGGAGGGGGGCACUCCUAACUCUGCUGGGGGACCUGGGGCUCACAUCCUACGCCGGAAGAGUCCUGCAAGCGGCCAGGGUCCCAUGUGCAACGUCAAGGCUCCUGGGAGCCCCAGCCCCAGUCUCCGAAGAGCCAAGCGCUUUGCUUCACUGAGUAGAUUCGUGGAGACCCUGGUGGUGGCAGAUGACAAGAUGGCAGCGUUUCAUGGGGCAGGGCUGAAGCACUACCUGCUGACAGUUAUGGCAGCAGCAGCCAAGGCCUUCAAGCACCCAAGCAUCCGCAACCCUGUCAGCUUGGUGGUGACUCGGCUAGUGAUCCUGGGGUCAGGCGAGGAGGGGCCCCAAGUGGGGCCCAGUGCUGCCCAGACCCUGCGCAGCUUCUGUGCCUGGCAGCGGGGCCUUAAUACCCCUGAGGACUCGGACCCUGACCACUUUGACACCGCCAUUCUGUUUACCCGUCAGGACCUGUGUGGAGUCUCCACUUGUGACACUCUGGGUAUGGCUGAUGUGGGCACCGUGUGUGACCCGGCUCGAAGCUGUGCUAUCGUGGAGGAUGAUGGGCUCCAGUCGGCCUUCACUGCUGCUCAUGAACUGGGCCAUGUCUUCAACAUGCUCCAUGACAACUCUAAGCCAUGUGUCAGUUUGAAUGGGCCUGGGAGCACCUCCUGCCAUGUCAUGGCUCCUGUAAUGGCUCACGUGGAUCCUGAGGAGCCCUGGUCCCCCUGCAGUGCCCGCUUCAUCACUGACUUCCUGGACAAUGGCUAUGGGCACUGUCUCUUAGACAAGCCAGAGGCUCCCCUGCAUCUGCCUGUGACUUUCCCUGGCAAGGACUAUGAUGCUGACCGCCAGUGCCAGCUGACCUUUGGGCCUGACUCACGCCAUUGUCCACAGCUGCCACCGCCCUGUGCUGCCCUCUGGUGCUCUGGCCACCUCAAUGGCCAUGCCAUGUGCCAGACCAAGCACUCACCCUGGGCCGAUGGCACUCCCUGUGGGCCUGCACAGGCUUGCAUGGGUGGCCGCUGCCUCCACAUGGACCAGCUCCAAGACUUCAAUAUUCCACAGGCUGGUGGCUGGGGUCCCUGGGGACCAUGGGGCGACUGCUCUCGGACCUGUGGGGGUGGUGUCCAAUUCUCCUCCCGGGACUGCACAAGGCCCAUCCCCCGAAAUGGUGGCAAGUACUGUGAGGGCCGCCGCACCCGCUUCCGCUCCUGUAACACUGAGGGCUGCCCAACUGGCUCAGCGCUGUCCUUCCGUGAGGAGCAGUGUGCUGCCUACAACCACCGCACUGACCUCUUCAAGAGCUUCCCAGGGCCCAUGGACUGGGUCCCUCGCUACACAGGUGUGGCCCCCCGGGACCAGUGCAAACUUACCUGCCAGGCCCGGGCACUGGGCUACUACUACGUGCUGGAGCCACGGGUGGUGGAUGGGACCCCCUGUUCCCCAGACAGCUCCUCAGUCUGUGUCCAGGGCCGCUGCAUCCAUGCAGGCUGUGACCGCAUCAUUGGCUCCAAAAAGAAGUUUGACAAGUGCAUGGUGUGCGGUGGGGAUGGCUCUGGCUGCAGCAAGCAGUCAGGCUCCUUCAGAAAAUUCAGGUAUGGAUACAACAAUGUGGUCACUAUCCCUGCGGGGGCCACCCACAUUCUCAUCCGGCAGCAGGGGCCCCUUGGCCCCCGGAGCAUCUACCUGGCCCUGAAGCUUCCAGAUGGCUCCUAUGCCCUCAAUGGUGAAUACACACUGAUGCCCUCCCCCACAGACGUGGUCCUGCCUGGGGCAGUCAGCUUGCGCUACAGUGGGGCCACUGCAGCCUCUGAGACACUAUCAGGCCAUGGGCCGCUAGUCCAGCCUUUGACUCUUCAAGUCCUGGUGGCUGGCAACCCCCAGAAUGCACGCCUCCGGUACAGCUUCUUCGUGCCCCGGCCAACCCCUUCAACACCACGCCCCACUCCCCAGGACUGGCUGCACCGAAGGGCACAGAUUCUGGAGAUCCUCCAGCGGCGCCCCUGGACAGGCAGGAAAUAACCUCACCAUCCCGGCUGCCCUUUCUGGGCACCGGGGCCUUGGACUUAGCUGGGAGAAAGAGGAGCUUCUGCAGCUGCCUCACACUAAGACACAGUGGGGAGGGGUUGUGGGCACGAUACCUGCCCCUCCUCUCUGCCCUAAUGAGCAGGCUGGCCCUGCCCCGGUUUUCUGCCCUGGGAGGCAGUGAUGGGUUGGUAGAUGGAAGGGCUGAGAGACAGUGUCCUAUCUAAACUGCCCCCUCUGCCCUGCAGGUCACAGGAGGGAGGGGGAAAACAGAGUGGGCCCAGGCCCCAGUUGUAUUUAUUUAGUAUUUAUUCACUUUUGUUUAGCACCAGGGAAGGGAACAAGGACUAAGGUCCUGGGAAACAUGACCCCCACCCCUUAUAGCCCUCCCCUGGCUAGGAAAUCCAGGGUGGUGGUGUCAGGCAUAAGUGAUCUGUGUGCAUUUGUGUGUGAGAAAAUGUGUGUGUGCUUAUGUAUGAGGUGCAACCGGCCCUGGCUUUCCUCUUCCUGAAUUUUAUUUUCUAGGGAAACAAAAGUCAAGGGUAGGAUGGACCUUCAGGGAGUGAGGGAUUAUCAUAUUUUUAAAAUAUAAAUUGAAUUCUGCUAUUUAUGUGCUCCUUUUGGGGUCAGACAGAUGUGGGUUGCAUCCUGGCUCCACAUCUCUAAGCAUUAGUUUUCUCAUUUGCCAAUAAUAAUACCUCCCUUAGAAGUUUGUUGUGAGGAUUAAAUAAUGUAAAUAAAGAACUAGCAUAAUGCCCAGCACUUAGUAAGCUCUCAACAAAUGGCAGCUGCUGUUACUUAUUAUUAUCAUUCUGUCUGCAUCCAUCCUCCUUAGGGUCUGCAAUGCACUCGCAAGUGUCAAAGAUCCAGGUCAAUGGUGCCUCCCCUUACCCCCAGGUUCCAUUCCUUUAGUUGGCAGAACCCUAUCCUGGAAUCCAAGGGACUAUCAGAGAAAGGACGAUUCUGUCUCUCACUUCUGGUGGAUCCUAAUCACAUGAAGGAGACACAAUAAACUCUUGGCUCUGGGUGUGGUGGCACACACCCAUAGUCCUAGUUACUUGGGAGGCUGAGGCGGGAUGAUCUCUUGAGCUCAGGUGCCCAAGCCUUCAGUGAUGUAUCUGGGGACAGAAAAAAAAAAAGGCUUCAGUGAGCUAUGAUUGCAGCUGUGACUAGCCACGGCACUCCAGCCUAGGUGACACAGUGAGACCCUGUCUCUAAAAUUAAUAAAUAAAUAAACACUUGGCUACAAGUACAAUUGGCAAGAACAUGAAGGCACAAAAAUAACAAGAGCAAGAAUAACAUACAUCAACAUGAACGCAGACUUAGUUGUAAGAGUGCUAGUUGAGUGGCACGGGGAACUGUUACAGUAGAAAGAGCACCGAAGUGGGAGCCAAUGGUCUGAACUUGAGCUGGUGUUCAGCAUCUCAUUAGCUGGGUGAUGUUGGGUAAGCCACUGGUGCUGAGCCUUGGAUUGCUUAUAUGUGGAAUGGAACUAAUGAUCCCUGUUUCCACAGAGUUGUUCUGCCAACAAAUGUUAAAAUAUUUUCAGAAUAGUAAAGGCGAUAGCCACGUGACAGGUUCCCCUUACAACUGAGUAACUGGGACAAGGUCUCCUGAAUCAUCCAUUGUAAACCCAGCCAACUUCUUUGAGGAUGUGAGGUUAAAGUGGAAUUUCAUAAAAGGAACGGGACAUGGUUUGGUAGGGAAUAGGCAGGAAGGCAGAAAGAAUAACACAGAGAAGGACCUGGGGUGGGGGCAGGUGUUCGGUGGGGGCAGGUGUUCAGUGGUGGCAGAAUACUUGAAGAGAGGUAGGGUGUGCAGACAGCUCUGCUCUUCCUUCUGAGCAAGGCGACUUUGCUUGAGAAAGAACUUGGGUGUCUCGUGUGUGUCAGGGAGGGAACAGGGAUGGCAGGGAGCCCCAGCAAGAAUUUGGAGUUUUGAAUGGCAAAAGUAGGACUGCUAGGGAUUGGGGAAAGGGCUGGUUAUGGAGUAAGAGAGGAACUGUAGGUAAGGAAGACCCUGAGGUGGGGGUACAAGAGGGGAGAAUGGGGAGCCAAAGACACUUGACUCUGCCAUAGCAGGCCCAAGCUGGCUGCUAGACAUUGCUUGGGAUAUGGAGCUGGGAUUAUGGGGUUGAGGCCGGCCAUGAGGAUUGUGGUGGGUAAGUGUGCUGUGCUCACUGGAGCUGGGCUUUUCUACUCGAGUUCUGUACCAGGCAGUGCCUUACACAGCACCCUGUGCUUUAUACCACCCAGCACAGUGCCUGCUCCCUAUGCAGCAAUGAGAAAAGGGCCACCCACACUCUCUUCUCUCUGGUAAAUGUGGCUCCCACUACUGUGCCUGGCCCACUGGCCUUUCUUCUGGUCCUCCUACCAACCAGGCUGAAGAAGGUUGAAACAGGAGAAUGGGACAAGGGCAGAGUAAUCUUCACACAUUUUAUCUAGUUAGCAAAAUUGGACCACCAAUAUGUUUAUGAACCUUAAAUACUAUGAGCUCAUGGUACAAUGAGCAGAGUGUGAGAAGUAGAUGCCAGGUAAAAACAUAAACAAUAUAUGUGUUAGGUUUGUUCUAGGUGGGAACUUGAAAAGUAUGUAUGGGACAGAAUGCAGCUAAUGGAAAACUGAGGCUUGUGAAUCAAUAGCUGCAGUGGUCUGGAGAGUCCCCAGAGGUUGUAAAAUCUAACAGAGAGCUGCAGAGGCUGGCAUUCCUAUCCUCCUGAUGAGGAUGAAACUACUCCCCUCUCUUAUCGCUACAGGAUAAGACUGACCCAGGGGUUCCAGAAAUUGGUUGUUUGAAAAUAAAUUUUUAUUGCAGAGGCUGUUCUGGCCCAGGUACUCACUCCCCACUAAAAAACCCAGGGCUUUUUCCUCCCUCAGUGUGGAUGCUCUUUGGCCUCCACCCAUCUGCACCCAGAUGCCCAAAAUAAACAGCAUUUUGCUACA